GAGGAGUCGGAGGGAGGAGGAAAGAGGCGGCUUACACACGCCUCCCAGUCUCCCCACUCAGAGCAGCUCAGAGUGCUGCUACCGCCGCUGCUAUACCUGCUGCUGCUCUUGCUGCCACAACUGCUGCCCCACCUGAGGAGACCGCCUGGACCCGCCGCCCCCUGUUGCCAUCUCAGGCUAUUCCUUCCUAGCACCGGCUUUUUACGCGCACUGCCACUAUCAUCAUCAUUAUUAUCCCAAGAGAAGGGAAUUAACAGACCAGCCAAAAAAGAACCACGUACACCUUUCCGAAUUGCUCAAGUGUCUCCCGGAAAGAGAGAGAGGGUCGCCGGUCCCCGGAGAAGCAGCCAAGGGGCCAAGGGCUAGUGUUGUAGGGAGAAGGAGCUCGGGCACUGCGUGGUGGAAAGUUACGUGCGGCGGAGACCCGAGGGUGCAGCGCCACAGCCCAGGGGGGCGGUGUGUCUGGGAGAAGCCGCUGCCCGCUGCGUCCCGACAAGUGCGCGGGCAGCACGGGGUAGUAGGGAACGACGCUUCCUCCUACGUCGCGGACUCUCUCGGUGGCUUCGGAGGAGGAGGAGGAAUAUGGCAUCGAAGGCGGCCCCCUCAUGCCGUUUGGUCUUCUGCCUCUUGAUCUCCGCUGCUGUCCUCAGGCCAGGCCUCGGAUUGUAUACUGUAAAUUCAGCAUAUGGAGAUACCAUUGUCAUGCCUUGCCGACUCGAUGUACCUCAUAAUCUCAUGUUUGGCAAAUGGAAAUAUGAAAAGCCCGAUGGCUCUCCAGUAUUUAUUGCCUUCAGGUCCUCUACAAAGAAAAGUGUGCAGUACGACGAUGUACCAGAAUACAAAGACAGAUUGAGCCUCUCAGAAAACUACACUUUAUCUAUCAGUAAUGCGAGGAUCAGCGAUGAAAAGAGAUUUGUGUGCAUGCUCGUGACUGAGGACAAUGUGUUUGAGGCGCCUACAAUAGUCAAGGUGUUCAAGCAACCAUCUAAACCUGAUAUUGUUAGCAAAGCACCAUUUCUUGAAACAGAGCAGCUAAAAAAGUUGGGUGACUGCAUUUCAAAAGACAGUUACCCUGAUGGCAAUAUCACAUGGUACCGGGGCGGACAAGUGCUGCAACCCCUUGAAGGAGCGGCGGUCAUAAUUUUUAAAAAGGAAAUGGACCCGAUAACGCAGCUCUAUACCAUGACUUCAUCUCUGGAGUACAAGACAACCAAGGCUGACAUACAAAUGCCGUUCACCUGCUCUGUGACGUAUUAUGGACCAUCAGGCCAGAAAACACUUUAUUCAGAACAAGCAGUCUUUGAUAUCCACUAUCCUACAGAGCAGGUAACAAUACAAGUGCUGCCACCAAGGAGUGCCAUCAAAGAAGGAGACAACAUUACUUUGAAAUGCUUGGGAAAUGGAAACCCUCCUCCUAAGGAGUUUUUGUUUUACUUACCAGGACAGCCCGAAGAAAUAAGAAGCUCAAAUACUUACACAUUGACAGAUGUGAGGCGCAAUGCCACAGGAGAUUACAAAUGCUCGCUGAUAGACAAAAGAAGUAUGAUUGCUUCAACAGCCAUCACAGUUCACUAUUUGGAUUUGUCCUUAAACCCAAGUGGGGAAGUGACCAAGCAGAUUGGAGACGCCCUGCCCGUGUCAUGCACGAUAUCUGCUAGUAGGAACGCAACAGUGGUGUGGAUGAAAGAUAACACCAGGCUUAAAUCUAGCCCAUCAUUUUCUAGUCUCCACUAUCAGGAUGCUGGAAACUAUGUCUGCGAAACUGCUCUGCAAGAGGUGGAAGGACUAAAGAAAAGAGAGUCUCUGACUCUCAUUGUAGAAGGAAAACCUCAAAUCAAAAUGACAAAGAAAACUGAUCCCAAUGGACUGUCUAAAACAGUAAUCUGCCAUGUGGAAGGAUUUCCGAAGCCAGCUAUACAAUGGACAAUUACUGGUAGCGGAAGUGUCAUAAACCAAACAGAGGAAUCCCCUUAUAUCAAUGGCAGGUAUUAUAGUAAAAUUAUCAUUUCCCCUGAAGAGAAUGUUACAUUAACUUGCACAGCAGAAAACCAGCUGGAGAGAACAGUAAACUCCAUGAAUGUCUCUGCUAUAAGUAUUCCAGAACACGAUGAGGCAGACGAGAUAAGUGAUGAAAACAGAGAAAAGGUGAAUGACCAGGCAAAGCUAAUUGUGGGAAUCGUUGUCGGCCUCCUCCUUGCUGCCCUCGUCGCUGGGGUCGUCUACUGGCUGUACAUGAAGAAGUCAAAGACUGCAUCUAAACAUGUAAACAAGGACCUUGGUAAUCUGGAGGAAAAUAAAAAGUUAGAAGAAAACAAUCACAAAACAGAAGCCUAAGAGACAAGCUGUUUUAGUUGUUGUCCAG